AUGAGCGCCCACCUCGACUCUGUCCUCCUGGAUGAGUCGGCCAGCGAGUUGCACCUGACCUCCGUGGACCCCCUCCAGCGCGUCGGCCGAGGCGCCAGCGGAUCUGUGUACAAGGCCAGCUGGCACGGGGCCCCCGUCGCAGUCAAGUACAUCCCCUGCCGCGCCGACGACGCCCGAGGCCUGAGGGCCGCUGUGCGCGAGGUGGUCCUCUCCAAGCAGCUGGGCCAUCCGCACGUGGUGAGCCCAGCCAAGGCCGACGCCAGUGGCCAGCCAGCGGCACUGACGCUGCGAAGAGGGCCUGGCAGGCCGCGCCCGGCCACGCCCUCCAGCCCCUCGCCCUGCCUGCCCGCCACGCCCGGGCCGGACGGUUUGUCCCCGGGCAGCGCGCCCUCCAGCCCCGCCAUCCCAGCCCUGCACGGCGCCGCGCUGCGGGUGGCGACGCCGACGUGGAGGGCGAUGCUGCAGCCGCACGACCGGGGUUCGCCCCUCGCGACCCAGCCCUCCUGCAGCUCCUUCUCGGACGCCACUGGCCCCAGCGGCCUGCUGCUGGACCGUCUGCGCUCGGCCUCGACGGCGGGGGCGCGGAAGCUGGGCACCCCGUCGCCCCUGCACCUGGGACGCAAGGGCGCGGCCCCCACCGCCCAGGACGUGCGGCCGCGGCUGGCCUCCCACUCCUCGGGCCGGGAGCAGGCCUGCGGCGCCCUGGGGGAGGAGGCUUGGUGGAUGGGCGGGGCGGCGCCAGCAGCGGCUGCAGGGGAGGGGGUGUCGCCGCGGCGCGCGGGGUCCCCCACUGCCGAGCAGGCAGGCCCCGCCUCCUUGCCAUUGGGGGAGCAGGUGGACGCCGCCGGUCUGCCGGGCGAUGGCCCCCCGCGCCAGCCUGUCUCCCCCGCCGAGUCCUUCAACAGCGACGCGGGGUUUGGCUCCCCCCUGAAACACAAACUGGCGGCGCGGAGUGUGGCCCAGCACCCCCGCCAGCCCAUCUUCGAGCUGGAGGGCUGGGAGCUGGGCCCCCACGACGCCGUGCUGGCGGUCGUGAUGGAGUUCUGCGACGUGGGCAGCCUGGGCCGGGCGCUGAGCAAGGGCGCCUACCUGCCCAGUGCAAAGUGGAGCGCCGACGUCACACACGAGGUCGCCAAGGGCAUGGCCUACAUCCACAGCCACGACAUCGUCCAUGGGGACCUGAAGCCCGCCAAUGUCCUGCUGACCACGCACCGUGUGGACCGCAGGGGCUACGUGGCCAAGGUCGCCGACUUUGGGCUGGUGCGCAACGCAGGCGGCUGUGGAGCUGCGGGGGCUGGCGGCCUGGCCGGGCUCCCGGGCAGCCAGGCGGGGCGCGCGGGCGGUGGGGUGGCGCUGGGCACCGUGGCCUACGCCGCGCCCGAGGUGAUCGCCGGCGGGCCCGCCACCACGGCCUCGGACGUCUUUGCCUUUGGCAUCAUGCUGUGGGAGAUGUACCACUGCCGCAGCGUGCACAGCGGGGUGAGGGAGCACGCCGUGCUGGCCGGCGUGGUCCAGGGCACCCUCCGCCCCGUCUUUGACCCCGGCUGCCCGCCGGCGUACGCCGCCCUGGCGCACGACUGCUGGGCACAGGAGUCCUGGAAGCGGCCCACAUUCCAGGAGGUCCUGAGCCGGCUGGUGGCGGCGGAGAUGGCCUUCAGGGCCGAGCGGCACGCGGGGCGUGCAGCCAGCGGGACGCAUGCUGUGCGGUAG